AAUGAGAACUUGUUCUCAACUGGUCUACCUGGUUAAAUAAAGUUGAAAUAAAAAAAUAAAAAGCUGAACCUGUUCUUUAACACGACAUAGCUUGUAAAACAGUUAAGCCAACUAUCAUUCAAUUGGAAGGUGAGCGCUCAAAGAAAGCAGCUCUGGUAGACAGGUAAAAACCCAAUGGCAAAUAUAUUUUCCUUCCAUCUUCCUCUUCUUGAACAUCCAUUUAAAGUCCCAAGUUUCAAAGGUCAAUUUGAAUUACCAGAAUGUAAGUGAAUGCGUCCUAGUUUCAUAAUGAGUGUGUUAUAAAAAGUGUGAAUCAGCCAUGACCUAAGUCAAUCUCAGUGGGUGUGUGCCUUCAACUGUAGUUUCACCCUUUAUGAAUCAGUAAAACUUUGUAAUUGAAGCUAUUGUGUACUUGCUAUUGUCACUGUCUCCUGGAGUAUGUCCCAAAUGGCACCCUAUUCUCUAUAUAAUAUACUACUUUUGACUUUUGCCCUAUGGACCCUGGUCAAGAGUAGUGCCCUAUUUAGGGAAUAGGGUUCCAUUUGAGAAACAGCCCAGGUGCAUUCCGUGCCUUGUUUGCUUGCUCAACCUCCCCACCCCAGGGAAUGCGACUGACUUCCUUGUAGAGCAGGGUUGUGGCUCACUCACUGCUGUCGCCAAAUUAUGCAGCUUUCCCUACCAUCCUGAGGGAGACUCAAGGUGCUCAGGUGGAAUACUUUACCAGGAACCUAUAACUGACCAUAGGAUUCUCUUCUUGUUUAUGUUUUAAGUGUUAGAGGGAGAACCUGAGGAGGAUGUUGUACACAGAGUUUUUGCGGUUGUGGGAUGAGGCGGUAAAGGCAGUGGAUGCCAGAGACUGGCAGGGAGCCCUGUCUAAACUCAACCAGAUCACUGAACCUACCUCCCGGACUCUGUUUCUGACUGCCUCAGCUCACCUCGCCUUGGGGCAGCUGGAGCCUGCCAUCCAGGCUCUAGACCAGACCAUAGCAAAGGAUGAGCGACUUGCAGUUGGCUUCUUCCAAAGAGCUGGAGCAUUCAUGAUGGCUAGCAGGCUGGAGGAGGCUCUGAAUGACUGUACCUCGGCUCAGAAACACAUGAGAGGGAACAUGGUCAUUGAUUACAAACAGCUGGGGCUACGCUACAAGCUCUACAGUUGGCAGGUCUUGUAUAACGCAGCAGCUGUCCACUCUAGACUGGACCAGUUGGACAAAGCCCGGGACAUUCUGAUCUCAGCCUCCCAGGAGAAAGGAAGAGGGGGGCGAGGAGGGAACAUGGAGGUGGCUUUAGACAUGAUCUCUAGGGGAGAGGUGCUGCCUGUCCUCCUGGUGCCAGAGGGGCAGGUGUUCCGCCCCAGGAAACAGGACGUAGAACAGCUGGGAGAGAGAGACUUCCUGGGCAAACCAAAGGUCAUUUCCUCUAUGAUUCCCAAUGAUGACUUUGGUGGAUUUGAACCUCUCAGGGUUCAGAAACCUGGAUACUACGAGCCCAAGGUGGAUAGAGUGGAGGAUUCUCGAUACAUGUGUCUGCGUACCCCCUACAUAUCCAGGGGCCCUGGUCAGCUGACGGUGCCAGGGGGAGCCAUGGUGUUUGUCUUCAGUGAUAUGGAAAGAGAUGGACUGGCCAUGGUCAUACACGAUGGACAGAAAGGACUUGUCCCCAUGACACUGCUAGACCCAGUGGAUAUCAAGAAGUCCAAAGGCAGGAGAAAUAAUAAAAGUAUUCCCAGUGGGAUCCCCCUCCCACCGGGCCUCAGGCCGCCCACUCGCCCACGGAACCAGCCCAGCCCCAUAGCAUCUCCUCCGGAGAGCCCAGUUAGACAGACACCACCACCAUCCUAUGCCUCUGCCACCCACCCACCAAUCAGUUCCACCCCGCUACGCAAGUACACAUCCACAGUAGACAGCCCCACUGAACUGGAUCCCACUUCACCCCAGGGAGCAGAGGCUGGGUCUGUGGUGGUAAAGGUGCAUUACAGAUACACCGUGGCUCUGAGUGUCCCUUUAGACACGCCGUACGAUGACCUACAGGAGAGAAUUGCACACAAAUUGGGGCAGCCAGCCUCACACUUGCGCCUCAGACACAGGCAGCAUGGCUCCCAGGUGCUGAAGCCUCUGGAUGGGGAGGAGGGGCUCAGGGCCCUGCUGGAGGUGGCAGGCAGAACCACACUGUGGUGCCAGACUGAGGACCGCCUGGACAACCGUACCAUUCUCUACCAGAUGGUGGCACUGUAUGACUAUGCAGCAGAGGGCCCAGAGGACUUGGAGUUCAGUGAGGGAGACUCUAUUGACAUUCUCAGUGAAGUCAACGAAGAGUGGCUGGAGGGACACUGUGCUGGUUACAUUGGCAUCUUCCCCAGCUGUUUUGCCUACCGGGAAGCAAAGACUCCCACAACCAGGGGUGCAACUUUCACUGGGGACGGAGGGGGUCAUGUCCCCCCCACAUUCUGAAAUGGCAUUUUUGCCCCCCCAGUUGUAUCAUUGCAAUGUGAUACAAAAAGAGGCAAAGGUGUGCUUUAGGACCAUGCCUCCGAGUGGUCGGGUAGGCUGUUUGGAGUGUUCAGCCAGCUGGAUUUAGGACCGCUUGGAUACCACAGAGCAGGCUCACGGGCUGUCUGAAGGCAAAGCUUCUGGAAGGCUGGCUGGACCGGCACGCAAGAGUUGAGCAUAGUUCAGUGUGUAUGUGUUGCGCUUUUUCACAGAGUUGUAAAAAUUGGCUACUCUUUAGGCGACUGAUGUAACUGACAAGGCAACUAGUGUUUAUUCGCAGUGCUGAGCUAGUAUUGUAACUGACAUUUAACGUUAGCUACUGAGGUGAAUGAAUUAGCUACGCUAACUAGUACUGUAGCUACCACAGCCAGGUCAGUUCUAGCAUCUAGCUAUCUAUCAGAUAGUGAUAUGAGGUGGCUAUUAUUACUAUCUAACAGCAGUUGUUUGUAUGGAAAUGUUUUUUAGCCUUCGUUUUGUUCUGUUUCAACAGAAGUAAAUGAACUUGUCAAGCUUUCACAACUUGAUGUACCGUUAGAAAGAGAGAGCUGGCAAAAGGUUGGCUAAUGUUAGCUAUGAUUUUUGAUCACACUAGACCUGAAUGAUCACACUAGACCUUAAUCAAAUGAUGAAACCAUCAGCCAAAUGAUUGAGAAUUGAUAUUCUAAUGUUUUUUCAGUGCAAUGUGAGUUUUUAUUAGUCAGUAUGGCAAUGUAACUUUAUUGAUCUAUCAGUUUCCCUAGCUAAUUCCCUGCUUUUCACACUGACACAGUAAUAAACAGCUCUAACAUUA